UUACCAGGGUUAGCACGCCUCGUGGUUUUACUAUGUUGAUGAGAAUAAUUUGGGUUUCUGAAAUGUGCUCCUGAAAUGACAUCAGGAGCCCAAACCGUAAAAACGGAAAAUCUGCUUCAACACAACCUUGGAACCCGCGAGAAGAGUGAAGAGAAAAAGAAAAAGUAUUUCCAUUUUCAUUUCAUCUCCCUCCAUGGAAGAGGAUACUGAGGUUCUUUCCGGUGGUCUCAAGGACUGGAAUGACCUCCGACCCUUUAAUCUUGAUUCCCCGCCAACCCUCAAAACCUAUUCAAAACAAUGGUCUAUGGUUGUUAUUAGAGAGUCCUCCCAUGAGAAUCACGGCGACGAUGAUUUCUCCAUUUUCCCUCCAUGUAACCAUGAGAAUCUCGUUCCCUGUCAUUUCAAUCAACAACCAAAAAACCAACCACCCCCUCCCCCGUCCUUGCCUUCGUCUCCUUUGUCAUUUCUUCCUACCGAUUUUGACCCUUCACCAUCGCCAUCGGAGUCUGCCUUCUUGCCCAAUUGGUGGGACUUUGCUCGUAAGAUCUUGCGUUCGAGAAUCGCUAAUAUUGGGUCCUACUUUGGAUCUAAUAAUAGUUAUAAUAAAAGUUCGUUUUGGACAUUUGGAAAUGUUGCUUUGGCGGUGACGGUGGUCUUGUGGUGCUUGUGUGUGCGAGUAAGGCGGCAGAGGCGGAGGAGAAAGAUUGUGGAGCAUUUGAUGCAGAUUAUCAGUGAGAAAGAUAAGAAGAUUAUGCAGCUCCUGAAUCAAAUCGCUCAAAUGAACGAAGUACUGCUAACUAGACACAAAGUUUUGGCUUCAAAACUGGCUGAUUAAUGGAUGUUGAUUCAUUGGCAAUUCUUUUUGUUGCCUGCUGCAUUGUUGCUAGCGAGCCAAAGCAUUUGAAGUUGACAAUACCUAGAUCCUCUUUUGAGCCUAAUUCUUGGUGUAGUAGUUGAACAGCGCAAAAUGCCAAUAUGGCGGACCACAAAGGUUUGCAUUGCAAUCAACAGAAUGGAAGAUGUAGCUAAGCAAAGGAGCACCAUUUUGGCUGUCGAGGAUAGGAAAAUAUCUGAUGUUUCAAGCCAUCUGAAUAUGUUUGUAGAUUCUUAUUCUUUGUCCAUAAUUCUGUACCUGGAUUGACAUAUUUAGUGUAGUUUAAUGGGGCUUCAUGAUUUGUGAUUUUA